GCGCGGAGCCAAUCGGUGUCGCGCGGUGAUGACGUGGCGUUCAGCGCGAUGGCGGCGGCCGCGGCCCCGGCCCUGCGGUGCUCGCUGCUGCAGCGCCGGCCCCUCCGCUGCGGGCCCGGUGCGCGGGCCGUGCCCGGCGCAGGGGCCGCCCUCAGGCCGUGCAGCACGCGGGUGGCGCUGGAGGGCAUCAACAAGCCCGUCAUAGACCGCAUCAUCCGCGUGGACCAUGCGGGGGAGUACGGGGCGAACCGCAUCUACGCGGGGCAAAUGGCCGUGCUGGGCAGGUCGAGCGUGGGGCCCGUCAUCCAGCAAAUGUGGAAUCAAGAAAAAGACCACCUGAAAAAGUUCAAUGAGCUCAUGGUUGCAUAUAGAGUUCGACCUACUGUUUUACUGCCUUUCUGGAACGUAGCAGGUUUUGUUUUAGAUUUCAUUGUAUUCAUGUGUCUGGUCCCAAUCCCAGGGGCUGGAAGUGCUUUGCUGGGAAAGAAGGGUGCAAUGGCUUGCACAGUGGCUGUGGAGGAGAGUAUAUCAGAGCACUACAACAACCAGAUCCGAACUCUCAUAGAGGAGGAUCCAGAAAAGUACAAAGAACUAUUGCAGGUCAUAAAGCAGUUCCGGGAUGAGGAGCAGGAGCACCACGACAUUGGGCUUGAGCACGAUGCAGAAGCUACACCAGCUUAUUCUGUUUUGAAGACAGCCAUACAACUUGGAUGCAAAGCUGCGAUAUUUUUAUCAGAAAGAAUUUAGUUAUAUUUUUCAUAAUAGCUGUGGCAAUAAACUGUGACACAAAAGCAUAUGGAAAUCGUGGAAGACUCAGCUAUUUUAUUCAGCCUUUUAAAUUUUUCUGCACUAAGCACUUGAUUCAGCCAUUCUUUGUCACAUUGAAUCCCUAUUUUAAAAGUAUCUGUAUUAAAGUCAGUUGAGCUAAAUGUGGAUAAAGGUGGCAGAAUUGAGUCGUGUGAACUAAACCUCCCUAUUCAGAGACUGUUCACAAGGUGGCAGCACAAAAUGUAUAUACAUGGUUUAUGUAUACAAUAUUUGUGUAUGGAUGCACACCCAUAAAAAUGACAAAUACAUUCUCUGUUGCCUUCAAAUUUGUGUGUACUUGAAAUAAGCUGGAGCAGCUCAUUUUAAAAUAGUUAAUACAGACCAAGAAUAAUAUUUUUUGUGUUUCCAGGGUGAGUGAGGUAAUAGGAAGUAUUUCUUUUCCGUCCAUCUUGAAUAAAAAUUGGUAUUAUAAGACCA